GAGUUGGUGUCUGAGCAAACCUUUUCAAAUCCUUGGUUACCUUUAGAAGAAACAGCAUUCAUUAGCUGUUAGAAAUCGAAGCUGCCUCCUUUGCCAUAGCAUUUUCAAUUUAAAAGCAAGAACAACCAACGUGGACAAAUGGCCAGGGUAAUUUCUGAAGUGACAGCGCUUUUAUUCUUCUUCAUGAACACCCAAGCAUUUGAUGUUAAGGAGAUUGUGCCAGGUAGUGAAGUUGCUGCAGAGAUAGGCAGCAAACUGGUGCUAAAUUGCAGUGCAACUGGCUGUGAAUCCCCAGCUUUCUCUUGGAGAACCCAGCUGGACUCCCCGUUAGGAGGGACUGUGAGUAAUCAGGGGAGCCGUUCAGUCUUGACGAUGGAUCCUGUUACCUUUGCAAAUCAGCAUGAUUAUCUCUGCAGUGCCUCUUGUGGGGGCAAAAAUAAACAACGGACAGUCAGCAUUCGCAUUUUCUCAUUUCCCAGUGAUCCCAUCAUUGAGGUCAGUGGCCCACUUGUUCUUGGGAAACAAGCCAGCAUCACCUGUAGAAUUCUGAAUGUAUACUCUUCGGCUGGACUGGAUGUGUACCUGAAGAAAGGAGAGGCUCUCAUGCCCAUGGGAGAACUAGCUGAAGAUUUUACAACUGCGUCUUUAAAGACAAUAAGUCUUGCAACUACCUUUACUCCCACUGAGACAGAUAUUGGGGGAAAGAUCACUUGCGAGGCUAAGUUGUCAGUUGAGAACCUGGAAUCCAAGCAAAGGCAGACGAUGCAAAUACUUAAUGUGAAUUAUGGUCCACAGAAAACUCACAUCACUGCUUCUCCAGGCAUUACCCUAUUGGAAGAUGGCACUCUGAUGCUUCACUGCAUGACUGAAAGUAAUCCCCCAGCAAGAAUUUUAUGGAAAAAACAGCUGGCUAAUGAAACUCUGCAAAGCAUUGGAAAAAAUCAUACCUUGUCAAUUCCAAAUGUUCAGUUUGACGACUCUGGAGUCUACAUCUGUGAAGUCACAAAUGAAGUCACCAACAAAACGGAGAACAGAACAGUGACUGUUUCUGUACAAGGUGCCCCCAGGUUGCCAGAAUUUUCUAUACUUCCUUCUGCAACAGUGAAUGAAGGAGAAAAGGUGACACUACAGUGCUCUGUGGAAAGUAGCCCUGCUGCCCAGAUUGUCAUAAGAAGAAAACUGGCCCAUAAAGAUGAGAUACUUGAAAGCAAGGAUGGAAUUGUUCAUAUCCCAGGUGUGACCCUUGAUGAUGCUGGAAGCUAUGAGUGUGAAGCAGAAAAUAAAUUCGGGAGAAGGAAAGUGGCAGGAAUACUAAGUGUGGAAUCUUUCCCCUCAACUGCUGCAACAUUAACCGAUCAACCAAAAAAAAUUACUGAGGUGGAAGAUUUUGAUAGUACAAGUGCAACCUAUAAUACUCCACAAUACAAGAGUGGCACUCUGGAAAGCAAACCUUCGCUAGCACCAAAGGACAGAAGUCCCACAUUGUACAGAUUAUCCGGAAAUGAUACAAUCACAUAUGCGGUGGAUGUUUUGGCUGUCACCAAUGGUACAGAAAAGAUAGAAAUUCUCAUAGUCAAAACAGAAGAACCAAAUUAUGUGGCUCCCGUGAUUAUUGGGGUUUCUUCAGUAGCAACAGUGGCAGGCCCCGUGGCAGCGAUAUUGGUUUACAUUUCCAGGAAGGCAAAGAUCAAUGGAUCCUACAGUCUUGUAAAACCGCUGCAACCACAAGUAUAAAGAUCAAAGUGACUACAGAUUUUCUAAGAGCUGAAGAAAUGGACAAUGUGCGUGUUCUUCUGAGCCUAGAGUGGCCUUUGGUGUCAUUCAGAGUGAGACACAUCAACUUCUCCUGCCUUGCAAAAUCAUGCACUUUAACAAGAAUGUUGGUUUUUGUAAUGAAGGGUUUUUGCAAUGAAGGAAACAGAAUGUGGGGGCGAUCAGCAACAGUGGGUGAAAAUACUGGCAGUGAACAUCAGGGCAAUCCAUUAUUUGCUAAUAAGCUGCCUGCAAAGAACUCCUGGGAACAUACCACCUUUCUUCUGUCUAGUGUGUAAUUUCCAGAAUUUAUUUAUCAUAAAGUGCACAGAACUGAAAGUAAAUUUCAGAACUUGCAAUAAGCCUGUGACUACUGUAUAUAGAAAUUGUCUUCUACAAAAACUGAUGCAAUAGUUGACACAGUUCAGAAAAAAGGUAUGAUUUAAAUUAUUAUGGGGUGACUUUCAUUUGAGUAUGGGCAUAAUCCAUCCUAGUUUAACACCAUAAAGUCCCAUUGGUUUCAGUCUAUAUUCAGUAUGCACUCAGUCCUUCCACUGAGAUCUAUGUCCUUAUUAAUAUGUGUUCAUGACAUAUUAUCCUUUACAUAGCCAUUCUGUCCUUCACUUGCAAUAGCGCUUCUGAGAAGCUAUACCAAUGUGAAUGACAGUUUUGUGAGAAUUCUCACCCCCCUCAUCGGACUACAGUUCUCAGGAUUCUUUAGGGGAAGCUCCAACAAUUCAAACUGGUAUGAAAAUGAUAAGUUUAGUGUAGGUAUUUUCUGCUGUUUAAUUCUAGAGGACUGGCUAAAAUUAAAGCUGGAAUCCUUCUGAAAGAGGGAUUUACUUCUAAAUAAACACAUACUGCUACACAGUAUCCCUCACUUAUACUAAGUGGAACCAAUUUCAUGGAGCUGGAUUUGGAGGACAGACUAUGUCUUUAGAGUGUAAAACAACUGGAUGCUCUGUGGCUAAUUAAUUUCAGAGUUUACCCUGAGAUACACUGUCAGUUACAUUUUACACAAGGAAAUUUGCAUAUUUUAAAUGUGAAACUACCAUUUUAUUACCAGGAGAGGGGAUGUUCUUGGGGGUUUUUUGGAGGGGGGAAAGUAUGAUUACUUUCUAUGUUCAUGGUUUUGGUACUUUUACUUCUUGUACAAUAAUAUUUAAAUAUGUUGAAAUAUAACAUUGUCUUCUGGGAUAAGAGUGUACUGGUAUGUUGUGUUUGGGUUUUGGGGUUGGUUUGUGUUUUUUUUUUCAUUUCUUGUCUGUUAAUCCACAUUUCUCCUGGACAAUAAAGUAGCCAAAA